CAUCGUCACCGAACACAACCCACAAAAAUGCAUUUCAGGAUAAGCACGUGGUCCGCAAUUUUUGCCGCGAGUUCUUUGCUAGUGGCAGCUCCCUUGCCGUGCGAUGCUUUUGUUCCGUCCGCCGGGCAAGCGCCGUCCGCGAGCACUCGCACACGCCUCUAUUACACCAUGCCCGACGUCACCAACAUGAAGGCGAGGGAAAUACGACAGGAGCUCGAGUCCUACGGAAUCAACACCACCACGCUUUUCGACAAGCGCGAGUUCGAGGAGGCACUGAUCGAGGCCCGCCGCCACUACGAGUCCACCAUCAACGACGUCAUGUCCAGCAACCGGCCCAAGAAGAAGAAGGUCCAGACCACGAGACGGAAGACCGUGAACUACCAGCGCGGCCGGCACAAGGACGAGCGAAUCUACACCAGCGACGUCAACACGGGACCCCAGUACCACCAACCGCAGCAACCGCAACAGCAGCAGCGCCGGCAGCAGCAGGCUCGGCCCAACCGCCGCCGCCAGUACCAGGCCGCCCCCGAUCCGAUGGGGGGAUUCCACACGUAUCCGAACCAGCGACCACAGAACAACGGUCGGGGCCGGAGGCGUCCCGGGAACGAAUGGUUCGAGGAGGACCCCCUCUUCAAACACGAGGCGGAACGCAACCAGUUCCACCGCGACCAACCGCACCAGCAGCAGCACUACGAAGAAUACGAGGUAGGUGCGCGCCACAGCCGGCAGCAGCAGCAGCAACAGCAGCAGCGGGCACGGGCCACCUACAACGACCCUUCCGUCGAGAUGAAGUACCAGGUGGCCCUGCAGGAAUCCUACACCAUGAAGGUCGAGGACCUCCAGCAAGAGCUCAACAGCCGGGGGAUUUCCACCCAGUACUGCAUGGUCUUUAAGGAUUUUUGCGUCGAGUACGCCAAGGCCAUUGCCGAGAACCGCCAGAAGGUUGUCGCGAACGACGAAGUCCCCGGGGAGGGAGAGGGACCGGGCUUUUUCGGAGACGACGAGGGCGACUACGAUCCGACGUAUCGGGACGUCGUGAUGCAAAAGUACGACCCGUCCAUGUGGAUCUAAUCCCAACGAACCGGAAAAACCAAACGACACGCACACAAACAAAGCUUGGCAUGGGACGGUGGGUACGCCGUCUCAGUAGUAGAGCAUACAACAGCAGAGCAGAGCACAGCACAGCACAGCACAGCACAGCACAGCACAGCACAGCAUACCUUAGAUUUACGCAAAACA